AUGGCAACACUCAUGGAAGGGCCGGGCAGCGAGUACACGCCCAAAUUCGCACCCUUCUUUGGCAUGGCCGGCAUUGCAUCUGCUAUGAUAUUUGGCUGUCUAGGAGCAGCAUACGGUACCGCUAAAUCAGGCAUUGGAAUCGCCGGUGUUGGAACCUAUCGGCCUGAUUUGAUUAUGAAGUCGCUCAUUCCUGUGGUCAUGUCUGGGAUCAUUGCCGUCUACGCCCUAGUUAUCGCCGUCUUGAUCGCCUCAGAUAUCGGUCCGCCGCCACAGCAAAAUUACAGCUUGUUCACAGGGUUCAUGCACCUCGCCGCUGGGUUAAGUGUUGGACUUGCAGGUUUGGCUGCUGGGUAUGCCAUCGGCAUUGUCGGGGAUAUGGGAGUACGAUCUUACAUGCAACAGUCGAGGGUUUUCGUUGGAAUGGUCCUUAUUUUGAUCUUCGGUGAAGUGUUGGGACUUUACGGCCUCAUCGUGGGCUUGAUCCUGCAAUCUAAGAGCUGA